CGGCGUCGCUCUAUUUAAAGAGGCAACAACAUGUCACACGGUGUGGUCAGACGGGAGUCGAUUGAAACAGAGAUGCACAAGUCCGAAGACAAGAGCAAAACCUUCGUGUACACCAAGAAAAGGGGCUACGAUGUUACCCGAAACCCUCACCUCAACAAGGGCAUGGCUUUCUCCCUGGAGGAGCGUCUCCAGCUGGGCAUCCACGGCCUGCUGCCUCCCUGCUUUAUCAGCCAGGAUGUCCAGCUGCUCCGAGUGCUCAAGAACUACGACAUGAAGAGAGACGACUUGGACAGAUAUGUGUUCCUGAUGGGGCUGCAGGACCGCAGCGAGAAGCUUUUCUACCGAGUGCUAAUGUCAGACAUUGAAAGGUUUAUGCCCAUCAUUUACACCCCGACUGUUGGCCUGGCCUGCCAGCAAUAUGGCCUGAUAUUUAGAAGACCGAGGGGGCUGUUCAUCACCAUACAUGACCGCGGCCACAUCGCUUCGCUGCUCCAGAACUGGCCAGAAAAAGACAUCAGGGCGGUGUGUGUGACGGAUGGAGAGAGGAUCCUGGGCCUGGGAGACCUGGGCUGUCAUGGCAUGGGCAUCCCAGUGGGCAAGCUGGCCCUCUACACAGCCUGUGGAGGUAUGCCACCACAACAAUGCCUGCCUGUCAUGCUGGACGUGGGCACAGACAAUGAGGCACUGCUGAAGGACCCUCUCUACAUUGGCCUGAGGCAUAAGAGGAUCCGAGGCCAGGCCUACGAUGACCUGCUGGAUGAAUUUAUGAAGGCUGUGUCAGACAGGUAUGGGAUGAACUGUCUGAUUCAGUUUGAGGACUUUGCAAAUAUUAAUGCUUUCCGUCUGCUGAGCAAGUACCGCAACCAGUACUGCACAUUCAACGAUGACAUCCAAGGUACUGCUGCUGUGGCAGUGGCUGGGCUCCUGGCCGCUCUCCGCAUCACCAAAAGCAAAAUGUGUGACCACACCAUCGUGUUCCAAGGUGCAGGGGAGGCAGCGAUGGGGAUUGCCGAGCUGAUAACCAUGGCCAUGGAGAAGGAGGGACUCACUAAGGAGGAGUGCCUGAAAAAGAUCUGGAUGGUUGAUUCCAAGGGUCUCAUUGUCAAGGGUCGGGACCACUUGACUCAUGAAAAGGAGAGAUUUGCUCAUGAGCACCCACAGAUGAAGAAACUGGAGGAUGUGGUUCGGGAACUGAAACCCACAGCUAUCAUUGGUGUGGCAGCUGUUGCUGGGGCAUUCUCCGAACAGAUCAUCAGGGACAUGGCUUCUUUCAAUGAACACCCGAUCAUCUUUGCCCUCAGCAACCCAACCAGCAAAGCAGAAUGCACAGCUGAGCAGUGUUACAUGUUUACAGAGGGGCGGGGCAUCUUUGCCAGCGGCAGCCCGUUCGACCCCGUCACCCUCCCUGACGGGAGGACGUUCUACCCUGGUCAGGGAAACAACGCCUACAUCUUCCCCGGUGUGGCCCUGGGCGUCACGGCUUGUGCCAUCCGACAUAUUCCUGAAGAAAUCUUCCUCGUUGCAGCAGAGGCUCUUGCUCACCUGGUGACAGAAAAGGACUUAUCAGAGGGAAGAUUGUAUCCUCCUCUCAGCUCUAUCAGGGACGUCUCUCUCAAACUGGCUGUCAAGAUCGUGGAGUACGCCUAUGAACAGAACAUGGCCACACUUCACCCAGAGCCGUCCGACAAAGAAGCAUACGUGCACUCGCUCACCUAUAGCACUGACUAUGAUGAGUUUGUUGCAGACUCAUACCACUGGCCAGAGGACAGUAUGACUGUGCAGUCAUGCAAACUUUAAUGCAGUGGACAGGGAGAGUGACAGAGAGAGAGGGAGAGAGAAUGAGCCCUGGAGGGGCAAGGUAACUACUGACAUGCAAUAACAUCACGAGAUAUGAUGUUGGGAUAUGAACCAGGCUCUGUGUAGAAUCUUUUCUUUAAUAUAUUACUGUGAAAUUAAUGGUGACAAUACAUUUUUAUGGAAGCAGCAGAGUUUCAUGCUCCUUCUCUCAAUGAAUAGUUUGCACAAGUUUAGGAAAUAGUUAUUUAUGAAGUACAGAUGAAAGGGAAUGGUUGUUAUCUUAUUACAUUUUACAAUAAUAUAUUUAGAGAAAAUCUUUCACAGUUACUUUUAACUGUACUGUGCUAGGGAGUUACUUUAUGACUGUGUCAGCUACAAUCCAAAAACUCUUUGUCAAAUAAAAAUUGUUUCAGUUCA